AUGUCGCUUCUCGCCCUCCCAUUAGAGCUUUAUUCUAUUGUCGCUGCCUUUCUUGGGCCAAAAGAACAAGCUGCUCUGGCUUGCACUAGCAGGUUUGCCAACCAUAUCACCCAAGAUAUUCUAUACUAUCACGAUGGCACAAGUAAGAAUCCAGCAGCAUUGCUCUGGGCUGCGGGGAAAGGACAGAUAGAUAAAGCUAGCAAGGCCCUUGGUGCUUUGCAGAGGCAGUGCACCGUUCAUAAGACAAAGUGUGAAUGCAUAUCCCAGUCAAUAUUGAGCAAGUCAUUGCAUCGAGCAUCAGCAGGAGGAUACACAGAGAUCGUGCAGCUUCUUCUCGACAAGGGCGCCGAGGUCAAUGCGCAAAGUGAAUGGCUCGCAACGGCCCUACAGACAGCAUCACAUCACGGACACGAGAAUACCCUUAAGGUUCUCCUUGGUAGAAAUGCCAAUGUAGAUGUACGAAGUGGAAGGUUUGGGACGGCUCUGCAAGCGGCAUCCGCCACUGGUCAUGAGAGGAUUGUCCAGCUUCUACUCGAUGCCGGUGCCGAUGUCAAUGCGCAAGGCGGAAGACUCCCAACAGCACUUCAAGAAGCAUCAGCUAAUGGCUACGCAAAGAUAGUUGAGCUCCUACUCAGUAAAAGCGCAGAUGUUAACGCGCAAGACGAAAAUUUCGCAACGGCCCUGCAAGUCGCAUCAGCAAAUGGCCACGAGAGGAUUGUUCAGCUUCUAGUCGACAAUGGUGCUUCUGUCAACGCACAAGGUGGGAGGCUCGCAACAGCCCUGCAGGUCGCAUCGGCAAAUGGUCAUGAUAAUAUUGUCCAACUUCUACUUAACAAAGGCGCCAAUAUCGAGGCGCGAAGUGGGUGGUUCCCAACGGCAUUACAGCUAGCGUCUCUCCACGGCUAUGAUAAGAUUGUUCAGAUUUUACUCGAUUGGGGCGCUGGCGUGAACACACAAGGCGGAGAAUGCGCAACGGCACCUCAGUUAGCAUCACUCAAGGGCCACCGGAAGAUUGUCGACCUUCUGGCUGAUAAGCACGUUGAAUCUUGA